AUGGAUUUAAUCCCUCGAGACCGCCAUCACGGGCACCACAGUGAGCCCUAUUCGUCCCAUUUCGAGGUUCAAAGAGCCACUAAAACUGUCUGGUAUUCUUGUAUUCUUGACAAAUACGAGUCUUUUGAGAUCACUCCAGUUCUCGGGAACGAAUAUCUGAAGGUCAAGCUUGUUGAUUGGAUUAGACAUCUGGAUUUCGACGAGGUAUCGAAGAAUUUGGCAAUCACCGGAGAGUUCAUUAUUAUCUCUGAUAGAGGUUCUUCAUCUAAUGAACAUUAUCCAAAGACAAUCCCAGCGUGGUACUUGCCCUACCACUGGGUGAGCUUACAGGAAGGUCAAGUACUUCUUGACUUCACAUCCCACCCCAUCUUCAAUUCCGAAAGGGAUCAUGCGGAUUAUGACAACGAGAUCAAUACCAUCAGCCCUAAGGAUCGCAAGGUAAUGUAUGCUUCCGAGGUACAAAGGAAGAAGAAACAGUCUCAUAACAACUGGCAUACCGAUCUCGGUUUCGAGCCAGUACCGGGCUACUGCUCCGUCUUUAUGCCUACUGAAGUGCCUGAAACUGAAGUUGUGUAG